ACUUGCUUCUCUUCUUUUCUCUUUCCUCUUUUCUACGUGAAGUUUUUUCUAAAAUCCUAGCUAUCUUAGGCAUCAAAUAGUUCAAAUAUUCCUCUUAUAGAGAGACAUAAAUGUUCAUAAUGUUUUCUAAUGUUUCCUCUUAGAGGCAGGCCCAAGAAUGAACCAUCAAAUCCAUCCACGUCCUUUUCCCCAAAUCCAAAACCCAUCUUCCAAUGGCAACAACACCGACAAAUCCAGCAAAACACGAAUCGGCGCGACUCAAAUCUCUCGCACAAACCAAAAACUCCAAUACCGCUCUUAAAUACGCCAAACCACCCCAACGUUCAGGAAUCUCAGAGUUAGUUAACUCUCUCAACAUCCUAACCGCUCCCGAUUUCUACGCCGUUCUCGACGUUGAACCCGACGCCGAUUCCAACACUAUUCGCAAACAGUUCAACAAACUCUCUUCACUUUUUCAUCCAGACAACAACCGCCGCCACGUGGCAUCGUGUAAAGAAGCUUUCAAACUUGUUACCGACGCCUUUGGUGUUCUCUCUGAUAAAGCCCUCAGAGAAAGCUACGACGGUAAGGUUAAUCUUGAGAUUCGUGAAAAGAUGAGAACUUUUUGGACUGCGUGUUCUACUUGCAGGGUUUUGCAUCAGUUUGAGAGAAGGUAUUUGGGUCAUAAACUUGUGUGCCCUGGUUGUAACAAGAGUUUUAAGGCUGUUGAAGCUGUUGAGGACGAUGGGUCUGAGGAGGAAGAAGAUGAUACCACUUUGGGGGAUUUUAUGUUGAAGAGUAAGAGAAAGAAGAAUGGGAAAAUGGGCUGUGAAAAAGGUGAGAGCUUUAAGGAUAAUGGUGAAGUGAGUGGUGAAAAAGGGGCGAGCUUUAAGGGUGAUGAUGAAGUGGGUGUUGCUGGGAGAAUGAGGAAGAAAACAAGGUUGGUUGAGGAGGUUUUGGAGAGUUCUGAAUCCAUGAAUGUUGAUGGGAGUGAAGAGGAAACAAUGACAUUGGCUGAAUUUCAAUUGAAAGUGAAGACUAAGAUAAAGGGUGAGAAAGAGAAAAUGAAGGGAUUGGAAAUUAACAAGGGUUUUGAAGUCAAGGAGAAGAAGAAUGAGGAUGCUGUGAAGAGGGAGGAUGAGAAAGAGAAAAUGAAGGGAUUGGAAAUUAUAAAUUUUGAAGUCAAGGAGAAGAGGAAUGAGGAUUAUGUGAAGAGAAAAGCGCCAAGACUUGAGAAGCAUAAGGAUUUUAGUGGAGAAGAAUUAGAAGCUAUGGCGGUUGGGGAUUCAGAUUUUUAUGAUUUUGAUAAAGAUAGAGUGGGGAGGAGUUUUAAGAAAGGUCAAGUUUGGGCUGUGUAUGAUGGUGAUGAUGAUGGAAUGCCGAGGCAGUAUGCUUUGAUUGAUGAAACCGUUACGGCCAAUCCUUUUCAAGUGAGGAUAAGUUGGUUGGAUUUACAGUACAACGGGGAUGAAAAGAUUGAUAGCAGGGAGAAAUUAGGGUUUCAUAUACCUUGCGGAAGGUUUAAAAUUGCUAAGAAGACUACAAUUAAUUCAGUAAAUGUUUUUUCUCAUGUUGUGGACUGUGAUCGAGCAGCGCGCGAGGUUUACAAAAUUUAUCCUAAGAAGGGCUCGGUUUGGGCGCUUUACAAUGAGGCAAGUCUUGAUGGAGGUGAAGGCAAAAGAUGCUAUGAUAUUGUUGUGUUUUUGACAAGUUACAGUGAGAUGAAUGGUAUGAGCAUGGCAUUUCUUGAGAAGGUUGAUGGUUACAAGACAGUGUUUAAAAGACAGGAGAGUGGGAGCCAUGCUGUUAGAUUUCUAGGGAAGGAUGAAUUUUGGUUACUUUCUCAUCAGAUUCCUGCGCAGAAAUUUCCCUGCGACGAAGCUCCUGAAUUGUUGAAAGACUGUUGGGAGCUCGAUCCAGCUUCACUUCCUUCGGAUUUACUAACUAUUGGUGGAAUAGAUAAUUGAGGUUAGGAAAUCAUUUUUGUUUUGCGAUGAGACUUUGCCUGUUGAUCUCCCUUCAGUUCUUUCACAUAUACUUACUUUUACGCGGUUUAAAUUAAUGAAUUGAAGAAACUUUUGUCUAAUGGAAAAGUAUUCGAGGAAACAAACUGAUUUGUAUAUCUUGACUUAGUUGAAUUUGCUGAUUUAGGAAAUGUACAUGAGUUGCUAUUGCUA